AUGGAAAAGCUUGCUGCUCUAAUGAUGAUUUUCUUGCUAGCCAUGCCAAUGGGGCAUUGCAGCCUUGAAGGACCGGAGGAAGUGGAUGAAUGGUUCCGUAAGCUGCCUCAUGCAAAGGAAAAGAUAACCAAGCUCCAUUUCUUCUUUCACGACAGAUUUGCAGGAAAGAACGUAUCUGCGGUGCGGGUUGCCCAUGCAUCCAGCACUGCCAAAUCGCCAACUGCAUUUGGUCUAGUUUUCAUCAUGGAUGACCCAUUAACAGAAGGGCUCAAACCCACGACCAAAGAACUGGGUCGAGCUCAAGGACUGUACGCGUUUUCUGGGCAAGAGGAACUGAGUCUGCUGAUGGCCAUGAACUUGGUUUUCACAAGCGGUGAGUACAACGGCAGCACUCUGACCGUUUUGGGCAGGAACCCGGCUGUGCCACACCGUGAGAUGCCGAUCAUAGGCGGCUCAGGCGUUUUCCGACUGGCACGUGGAAUUGCGUCAGCGAAGUUACUUGAAUUCAACACUACCACCGGUAAUGCUCUCAUCGAGUACAAUGUUGUAGUGAUACACUAUUAA